CUCAGUACGUUUCGCGCUACGGUCUGACUCGCGUGUGUUUGCUCGGGUGGUUUUGCUGUGAGUGUUGCCUACGAAGGAGGCUGCGGCGAUCUCUGGCGAUAUUCUCUUCUGGGCUCUUCUCUUUCGCGACGAGAAGAAAGAAUGAAAAUUGGCAGUGUGAAGUGAAAUCUCGAUCUUAUCAAUAGAAAAAUUGAUACCUUGAAAGUGCCUAGUGAUUUGCAAAGUGUGACCCCGGGAUCCAAAUCGGAUCGAAGUUGGUGAUAAAUCACCGACGAAAACCCUUCGAAACGCAAGGAUUACCUGCGCCGUCCGGACGUCGAACGACCCUCGGAUUGCGCAACCCCGAGUUCAAAACCUGCCUGAAAACUCCUCAAUGAAAUCAACACCAUGGAACUGCAGUCGAUAGUCUUUAUCUUGGUGCACUUUCUGACAAUAGCCACUUUCACGCGAUCCGCUCAGAUUCCUUCCAUCAAACGAUCUGCCACGAUAUUCACCAAAGAACCGACCGUGCGGAUACAAUGUCUGUCCGGGUCGAUGCUGGUCACGAUCAAGGAUGCACCCGCUAACCUGAACGGCCAGUUCAGCGGGAUGGUGUACCCGAAGGGUCUGGCCAAGAACUCGACCUGCCUCACCGAGUACCGGGACCAGGAGGGCCCACUGCGGUACAAGCUGCCCCUCAAGAGCUGCAACACGAUGCCCAUCGAGACGGACGACGGUGGGAUCGAGUUCUUCAACACGAUCGUGUUGCAGCCCCAUCUGAAGUUGGUCACCGACCUGGGCCGUGGCUACCACGUGCGUUGCCGGUACAAGAGCCGUGAGGCCGCGAUGAAGCCGGGCCACAAGUCCCGUGGCAAAGCGGACGACAGUCGACCCCUGGCCCUGACCAGUGCCGAGGGUGGAACCGGAGAUCGGCGCGACUAUGGCCGCUCGCUGGACAAGGACACCCAGCUGGACGAGGUGGCAGAGAACGAAAACGACGUCAAGCCGAUGCCCGGCUGUCACAUGAAGAUCUUCACCGGCGAAAAGCUGGCCGAAAACGUCAAGAUCGGUGACCCGCUAACGCUCGUGAUCAACAUCGACAAACAGGCGCUGUACGGACUGCACGUGACGGAUUGUCUGGUGCGGGAUGGGCUCGGUUGGGGUGAGCAGAAGCUGAUCAACGACGAGGGUUGCCCGCUGGACAGCGAGAUUUUGGGCCCGUUCGAGUACACCGAGGAUCGGGCGAAGGCCACGGUGACCUUCCCGGCGCACAAGUUCCCGUACACCACGUCGGUGUACUAUCAGUGUAAUGUGCGGCUGUGCGCGCUCGAUGAUCCCGACUGCCACAAGACCCCAACCUGCGUUGGCCGCAACAAACCGCGGGAGAAGCGACAGGCUGCCUCGACGACGUCCGCCUCAACGACGGACGACGAAGGUCUCCCCGCGACGAUCGAGGUCUUCUCCGGGCUGUACGUCAACGAGAACGCCGAGGUGAUCAACGACGACGGCGACUCGGUGUUCAAGGAGAAGACUCCGGACGAUGCCAUCUGCGUGUCCCAGCGGAGCUUCGCCGUUGCCAUAGCGAUCGCCGGCCUCUGCCUGAUGCUGGCCGUGGUCCUUGCCGUGAUGUGCAUCGUCGCGCGACGCUCCGGCAAGACCGUGUCCAACUCGGGCAGCUCGAUCUACAGCGGGCCGUACACGAACACUGCCUUCUCGCACAGCAGCUAAAACGGCUGAAUCGGGAAUUUUUAAUGAGAGUGUGAGCGAGUGAGCCGUGAGCGUUAGUGUGAGCGUGAGUGUCGUCGAGUGACUUCUGUGAUUCUUCCCUUGAAAGAAAGAUAAAAAAAAUGGUGGAAAGAGAGAUAAAACUAUUACUAACACCGCGAACACUAACUAAUUUUAGUAACAAAAGGGUCUUUUAGAGGAAUCGAACCGCGAAAUUUCAUAGGGUAAUCGUGCCAACUAGUGAAUAUAGGUACUUUUUUAAACUAGAGCCUCACUUUAUUGGUAGAAAACUGCAAGACAUCUACGAGAGUAUUAUAUAACCCAAGUUUGGAGUGAAACUUUAACCAGUUCUUCAAAAUCAAACAUUAGAGCUACUUUGAAAACCGCUUCACUUCUAGAAUAUCACCAGGACAAUGACUUAUUUAAAGUUUCCCCGCCCUCUCCCAACCUCUCAGUCAUAAAUUGUCCGCUGAUAUCGCAGAGGAUGGAUCCUCUAGCCCAGGAUCAACGCGUUCGCUCGCGGCAUGAUUUGGAGAAAUCUAACCCCUUAGAUUGUAUUUCUUCUCCUCAUGUCCCCCUCCGAGCAACCUGUACCGACCUCUGUCCUAACCUUUAAGUUAAACACUAUCCCUUAAACUGUUGGUUCCUUUGUGCGCCAUGCUCUAAUCCAAUUGUUACUUUUUGCACACAAGCACACGCUGUCCAAACUAAGUCAGGUGUCGGGUAACUUCUACUAUAUGCCAACAACAUGGUUUUCUAUUCAGGUCUGUCCGAACUACGCGUUUCGUCUAAAUAAUGUUAAGCAAAAGUCUUUAAACUAAAAAGAAGAAGAAAAAAAGAAGAGAGUGUAUUUUAAAAAAUAUAUAUGUAAGAGCGACGAAGAGAGAGCAGAACUCGCAGGAUUUAGAUCUGUACGUGUUAGGAAACUGGGAUAUGAUAAAACAUUUUAAAAAAGGCUCAAAGUAACAAAACGCGCACUGCUUAAUGGUUUAAAGUAUAAGAAAAUGUUUUCUUGUAUCGCAGUUUAGCGAAAAACUAAGUGAAUGUGCAUGGGAUACAAAUAAGUUAUAUUCUAGAAAGAUACGAGUCUUUACAACGACAAUGCGAAAUGCAAACGAAACUGAAAACGCAAACCCCCUAACAGCGGCACUGUAUUUGAAACAUUGGAGUAUCUGUGUAAACGAGGGAGAACUGAACGAAUUUAAAUAAAAUUUGGAAAAUGUAA